AUGCUCUCGACUCCGCCGGACGGAAUAUCGCCGCUGCUGUCAUCGGCCCCCCUCUCUGGAAGACCUCCGGAUCACGAACAAAUGCAGAUUGAAACGCAAGGUCAUGCUACGAAGGAUCCCGGCGUGACGUCUCUGGAAGGCGGUGUUACGCAGACAGCAGCUUUGACGACCGGCACGAACACUUUGAAUCCGAAGGUGGUUGGACAGGUCUCUUAUGCUGGAGCGGUGACGGGGGGGAGAAAUGUGCUCUCUCAACCCCUCUCGUCGAUUCAAUGGGUAGCGGUUGGAGAACACGAUCUGGUUCCAGGUGAUCACCUUGGGGAGCCGGCACUCAAGGUCUCGAACGGUUUCAAGGAACGUCUGUGUGCUCCGUGGCAGAAAACGCUGGUGGUCCGGCUCCUGGGUAGUAAAGUGGGUUUCAAUACUUUAUGCUCUCGGUUGCGGUCUCAGUGGCGCCCGGUAGGGACAAUGGAAGUCUUGGACCUUGACCAUGACUGUUUUCUGGUCAAGCUGGACAACGAGCAAGAUUACUUCAAGGCUCUCACCGAUGGCCCUUGGACGGUCUUCGAUCACUAUCUCAUGGUUCAACAAUGGACGCCGCAGUUCAAAGCGUCCGACCCCCUCCCGAAGAAGAUGAUCGUAUGGGUUCAGCUACCGGCGCUGAAGAUUCACUUCUAUCACAAGGAGGUUCUGAAUUCGAUCGGAAAUUUGAUUGGGCGCACUAUCAAGCUAGAUUAUCAUACCCUAAAUCAACAGCGAGCGAAGUUCGCCAGAAUUGCCGUAGAGGUGGAUCUAUCAAAGCCUCUGGUACCGAGGAUAUAUCUAGACGAGGAGUGGCAAAAGGUGGAAUACGAAAAUCUACCGGCAGUCUGUUUUGAGUGCGGCAGGAUCGGUCAUUCGGGUUCCAAAUGCCCACUACUGCACCAAUCGAUGAGCGAGGGACAGGUUACGGUGGUCGGCGUUACACCGGAAAAAAGCCAAUCGGAAGCGGCGCCGGAAUCUCAGGCCGGGUUCGGGCCUUGGAUGUUGGUUACUCGGAAGAGUCGGCGGCAUUCUCGGGAUGGUCAGCAAAAGGGGAAAGUGGAGACGGACGUUGGAGGGAAUCCUUCAGGAUACUCGGGCAGAAAUGGAAAGGGGGCAAACAAGCAAAAGGAAGGCGAGGAUUUUUCUCAAUCGCCCAGGACCUUAGUGCUGGACAAGAAAGGAAAUAACAACACUAAGAAAGGUGGUGAUGAGCAUGCAAGGCUAUCUCGGGCCCGAGGCCCAUAG